AUGACAGUCCGACGAGAUUACUCGUCUUCGUUCCUCUUCCUCUGUUUCCACCUGCUGGUGGCAUCCAAUGCAGCUAUGAGCUCAUACAUUCUUCAAGCCAUCAACUGCUCAACAUCAGGCAACUACACUGACACCGGCGCCUACGCCGCCAACGUGAACCAAUUCCUCGGUGAGCUCCCCGAGAACACCGGAUCCAAGAAUGGAGGCUUCUUCAAUGGCACGGUUAGCCUGGGAUCAGACACUUUAUAUGGCCUCGCCAUGUGUCCCGCCGACUACUCGCGCGCUGAUUGCAGCGACUGCCUCACGGCCGCUGCUGCCAGCAAUGCCGAUGGCCUGCGGAAUAGCUGCCCUGGGAGCAGAACCGUGCUCGCCAUGUUCGAUCGAUGCCUAGUCCGCUAUUCAGACGUCAACUUCUUUGGUACACCUGAAAUAGGUGAGCGUUUUCCUGUAACCCAAUAA